GCGUAACACAGAGCGCGCCUGCGCAAUGGGCGCCAAGUCCGCUGUUUGGGACUGGGACCUUAGUGUGCUUUUUGUUUCGAAAUAAGAGGCUCUGUAGCAGAGGGUUUUUCGCCUUUCCUUCCCUCCGAUAGCUUCCCUACGUAUGGACGCUAAAAGCUGCUGAUGCUACUGAGCUAAUCAGAUACUGAUUCAAUUUUAGGAUGUGAGUUCUUCCACUAGAGCUCUUCAGAGGAACGGAGGCAAUUAGAAAACAGUGAAAUGGAAAGCAAGUGCUGUGGUCAUCCCAUGUUAUGCUCCUUGUCCACAAUGUAUACAUUCUUGCUAGGGGCCAUAUUCAUUGCUUUAAGCUCAAGUCGCAUCCUAUUAGUAAAAUAUUCAGCCAACGAAGAGAACAAAUAUGAUUAUCUUCCAACUACUGUGAAUGUGUGCUCAGAACUAGUGAAGCUCAUUUUCUGUGGGCUCGUGUCAAUCUGGGUUAUAAAGAAAGAUCAUAAAAGUAGAAACUUAAGAUGUGCUUCCUGGAGGGAAUUCUUCAAUUUCAUCAAGUGGUCCAUUCCAGCCUUUCUUUAUUUCCUGGAUAAUUUAAUUGUCUUCUAUGUCCUUUCCUAUCUUCAACCUGCCAUGGCUGUUAUCUUCUCGAAUUUUAGUAUUAUAACAACAGCUCUUCUAUUCAGGAUAGUGCUGAAGAGGCACCUAAACUGGAUACAGUGGGCUUCCCUCCUGAUUCUGUUUCUGUCCAUUGUGGCCCUCACUGCUGGGACUGACACUUCACAGCAUAACCUAGCAGGACAUGGAUUUCAUCACGAUGCCUUCUUCAGCCCAUCCAAUUCCUGCCGCCUUUUCACAAGUGAGUGUUCCAGAAAAGACAAUUGCACAGCAAAGGACUGGACUUUUUCUGACUCUAAGUGGAAUACCACAUUCCGAUUUUUCAGUCACGUCCGCCUUGGCUUGGGCCACAUUCUUAUCAUAGUCCAGUGUUUUACUUCUUCAAUGGCCAAUAUCUAUAAUGAAAAGAUACUGAAGGAGGGGGACCAGUUCACUGAAAAUAUCUUCGUACAGAACAGCAAACUGUAUUUCUUUGGCAUUCUUUUCAAUGGGCUGACUUUGGGUCUUCAGAGCAGUAACCGUGAUCAGAUUAAGAGUUGUGGGUUUUUUUAUGGCCACAAUGCAUUUUCAGUAGCCCUUAUUUUUGUAACUGCAUUCCAGGGCCUCUCGGUGGCUUUUAUUCUGAAGUUUUUGGAUAACAUGUUCCAUGUCUUAAUGGCCCAGGUGACCACUGUCAUCAUCACAACAGUGUCUGUCCUAGUCUUUGACUUCAGGCCCUCCCUGGAGUUUUUCUUAGAAGCCCCAUCAGUUCUUCUCGCCAUAUUUAUUUAUAAUGCCAGCAAGUCCCAAGCUCUGGAACAUGAACCCAGGCAAGAAAGGAUCCGAGAGCCAAGUGGCCGUCUUUGGGAGCGCUCCAGUGGGGAUGGAGAGGAGCUGGAAAGACUCACCAAACCCAAGAAUGCCACUGAGUCAGAUGAAGAUACUUUCUAAUUGGUAGCCACAUAAUUGGCUGAUCUUACAAUCUUGUUUUCACAUUUUCAGCCUGUGUUAAUAUUCAUCUUUUCACUUUGAUAAACCAAGAACAUUUCCAAAGAAAAAAUGCUCUUUGCAUAUGUAACUACUACUAAACAUUUCUGUCCAAGACUUAGAGUGCACAGAGGCUAAAAAGGGCUAAGGAGCUGACAUAAGAGUAAGAGUAGGGAGAUUGCAUUGGGGACCAGUGCUGGAGAGAAGAACAAAUAGAUUCACAGGUUAUUUUUCUUAUCAUCCAAGGUUCCAAAAACCUUAUAGUAACCAGGUUAGCUGUGCCCCAUAAAUACACAAAUACAGAUCAAUUUGCCAGAUAUUAAUAAUCAGGUGGUUCUACUCUGUGCCAAAGUCUUCACUUUUUUAUCAUUAUAAACAUCACCUCAGUUGUCCCUUGAAUUUUGAGGCCCUGGAGAUACACAUCUGGUGGUUAAAACGCUACGUGACUAAAGAACUUGAAGGACUGUUCCACUUGGCUGCAACGUCGAUUUGAGGUGAACGUAGUCCAUGCGAAAUGUUUUGCUGAACAUGCAGUUUAUCAGAAACAAACUCGGAGUUUUAAUCUGUAGGAUUUCAAAGGGAACUUAAUUUUUAGUGAUUAUCUUUGGGCGGUUUUCUGUACAAAUAACCUUCAAGUUAGGUGGAAAUUACUUCCCAAUCGCCAGUUAUCACUUGUAUUUUAAAUCACUUAAGCCAUGGUGAGUUUUUUUCUCCUCAGGUUGACCUUACUAUUCUUGGGUUAUUAUAUUUUGGAGUACUAAGAAGGAGUCAGUUCAUUGUCUUAGAUAUUAAUUAGAACUUAACGAUAAUUGUAUAUCAUAUCUGGUUCCUAAGAUUUGAGACACUGGCUUCAGAAUCAUACCAGAUUGUCAGUAAGAUUAAUGCCUAUGAAUUCCUUUUAAAAGGGUCAAUUUGUAAACAAUGACUUUACUCUGAAGUGUGAGUAUUAUUCUAAAAAACAGGAAGGCCAAUAAUAAAGCACUUUAUAGUAAUAAUAUUUUACACUCCAAGUGCAUGGUAUUUUUCAACAUGUUUUGCAUGUAGCCAACUGACUCUGAGACAGAGAAGUCAAGUGAUGGAUAAUUUUAAAAUGAGAAGACAAAUGACUUGCCAGUCAUGCAGCUGGGUGCUGGCAGAACAAGAGUGAGCUUUAGCUAAUAGGCCUGCAUGGUUACAAACAGCGGUACACUGUGGAUGUGAGCCUUAAGGUGUCAUUUUCAUGUAGUCCAUUCAUCUCUUCUUUUCCCUAAGUUUCAUACAGAUGAACACUAAAAAUAUUAAAUAAUCAUCCAUGACAUGCAGAAUAAUAUGACUGGCAUGAGUUGGUGGAAAUUUAUAAAUAAAAUAAUUACUAAACCUA